AUGUUACAAAGAUGGCUCAAAGGUUUAUCAAAUGUAUCAGACGACAAAAUGGAGGCACCAUCAGUUGUUUUCACAGUCCCGAUGCCCCCAACAGGACCAUACGGACAACCAUAUUUACCAUCACUAUACAAAGCAACAAAUCUGUUCCAACAGCCACGAGUAAAUGAACGACAUGUAAAUGAACGACGAUCAAAUGAACGUGGUUACCGUUCAAAUAAUGAAGACGAAGAUCGUUAG